CUCAUGACUGUCAUAGUAAGAGGGAGUCUGAGGCAACUCACCUGGUGUGAAAGAUGUCCAUCUCUGUUGUUAAUGACAAGGGAGUGACUGUGGUCACCAUGGUGACCGACAAUGACAGCGGUGUACCUCCACUGUGUCAAAUCCUCAAAGCUCUUUGCUACAGCCCCAUGAGCUGCUCGGUGAAUAAGGCCAUGAUACAGCCCACCGUAGUCGGAACUCUUGGGAUUGUGCAGAUCAUGGUGGGACUUUUCAACAUUGGACUCGGCCCAGAGCGAAUCGAAACAUAUCCCUACUGGCUGGGUGCAUUGUUCGUCUUUGCUGGAGUCGUAUCAGUUCUCGUUGCCAUGUGCCCCUCUCGUUUCUUGGUGGUUUUUGUUGUGUUUGGGAACAUAGUUGGAUCCAUCUUCGCCAUCGUUGGCAUUGUGCUGUAUGCUAUACAUCUGGGAAAUAUCUCCAUCAUCAGGAUGUGUUCCUCUGUUGCUGACUCUGAUGAGAACUGCAGAUAUGUGGCAUAUUUAGCUCAGAGAUUGGUGAGAGGCGUGGACAUUACUCUGAUCAUCCUGGCUGUACUCCAGCUGUGUGUUUGCAUCAGCCUUGCUGUUCUGGGUGUCAGGGCUGUGUGCUACAGGGAGAAUGAAGAAGAUGUCAGAGAGAAUGAGGUUUACCAGCCAUUGUUGAAGGAAAUCCUCACAAACAAUCCUGGGGCUUAAACACCUAAAUAUGUAAGCUUCAACGGGAGACAGAUGCCUCAGCAGGGAAACUGGAGGAGCUAAACCUAAUUUGUUCUAUAAAUUUUUCCAUGUACCUUACACAUCAUUAGUGAAGCUCCUGGAAUCAUAAGGAGAUCCGUACAAACAUGUUGGAAAUGAUCCUCUAUGAAGCUAAGACAUCAGCAUAUUCUGGUUUACAAAGCUGUCCUUGGUCUGAUUCCCUCUUUCUGCAGAGUCAGCUGAUUAAUUUGUAUUUAAGUUGAGUUUUUGGUAAAUUUGAACAUUUUUGUCAUGUUUUUAUCUUUCAUUUUCACCGUAAGACUUAAGUAUGUUUUCAUGUUUAACAAAAGAUGUUUUUACCAUUAUUGACCACUAGGUGGUGUACACUGUUUGCUGCUGACUGGGUUUUUCUUAUGAUGCCAUGGACAUAGUUUAAUAGUUUUGAAAGGAAUCAAGGGAUGUAGGAUGGACCCUGCUUCAUCCUGAUAGUAGCAGAGAUAUUAUCCAGCCUGAUGUCACCCCAGACAAGUAUGGGAUAUGAAUGAAUGAAUGUUAGUUUGGUGAAAUGAGGAGUUCUAGAGGGGAAUGUGUUUAGAAUAAUAUAAUUAACGAACAUGAAACAAAUCAAAAAGUGUUAUCCUACUAUAAUUAGACCAAAAGAACAGUUCUUGAAGUCUGGCCUAUCAUUUUUACACUGUUUUGUAUCAUGUUCAUGCAGAUUUGAAGACCCAGAUGCUGUUUACAGCAGGCAGGAGGUAAACAAGUGAUGAGCCAAAUAUGCUGUCAAGGGAGGAGAUAUUAAUAAACAUGAUUCGAGCCACAAAAGAAAUUGUAUUGAGGCGGACCAAAGAAAAAGAAGAAAAGAAAAAUAAACAGCAAAGAUCUCAUAUGAACAAAGGAAAGCUGGGGGUAUUUAUACACAUACUAAAUGAGAAACUGUGGACAGAUGUGGAAAUUGGCUUGGAGAACAGAAAACAGGACUGAGACAAACCAGGGACCACACUGAGGAAAUGACGUAAUACGAGUCAUUGCACAGAAAAGAAAACCCAACAGGAACUUAAAGUCAUAGAAAAUAUGGAAAUUAGAACAACCAUAAGAAUAAAAAAAACAGUGUUACCCAAUACAAACAUACAUUCCAGACUAAAACAUUUCAAAAACAAGACUUUUAUUUAGUCUUGACAGUUAUUCUGAACUUAUCCACAACUCUGCUGAACAGUCUUAAGUUAAGUUACAAUUUACUUCAGUUAACACUAAAACAUCCCUGUUACACGCCUCAACCCGAGCAAAAUGAAUGUAAAAGAAUCACAAAAUGUAUCUGGGAAAAGAUUGAACGUAUGCUGUCAAUCCUUGAUCACCUGUUCUGUUUUCUUUUUUUUUCAUCUAUAUCUGUCAGGUUAUAAUAUUUAGGUCUGACUGUGAUUACAGCAGGUGCCUUGAACAUACAGGUUGAUUCAUGCUGAAUACUUGCUGCACAAUGCAUUUACAAACAGAGCAGCUUAACACUCAACCACAGGUAUGUCUGUGUUUUCAUGUCAUUAUAAUCCUGUAAGAAGGCUACAGAACCAGUAUGCAAGCCCCGACACAGUAAAGAUAGCUGAUAUUAAUCACAAAGGCUUGGAUUUUUGUGUCUUUCUCAACAGUUGAAGUAUCUGUGAUUUGCUGUGUUAAGCUUUUAUCGGUAAACAGAUAAAAAAUGAACAGGUUGUUUUUCAUCAGUGUGUCUCUGUUUAACACAGUUUUAGUCUGUAGAAGCUAAAUAAUGAACCAGAGGAAGAUGUUUUGAGCUCUGGAUCAGACCAGGAACGAUGGUUGUCCCGCCCACACCAAGUUUCCCUUUAAAUACCUUUAAAUAAGUCAUACCUUUUAUCCAAGUCAUGUAAUGCUGUCCAAACACCAUAACAUGCAAACACAAUGUCAAAAACAUUUUAAAACACGGAUUUCUUAUUGUUUUCCAGGAGCAGACAAACACAUUUAAAGACCCACAUCAUGACUUUUCUUGUCAUUGUUGGAUCAGAUGGAAGUGUGAAACAGAUCAUAUAAAUAUUGAACUGUCUUUAGUCAAAUUACAUCUUACAUCACCAA